UUCCAAAAGAGAAAGAAUGGCAGAAACCGGGAAAAAGAAGAAAGGAAAGGAAAUAAAGAAAGAAGAAAAAAUUGUGUUAUCAGGAAAGGGAGAAAAGAAAGACCAUAAAAUGGAUAAAAUUGAAAAGAAUGCAAGUGAAAAAUAUGAAGAAAUGGAUCGUAGUAGUGCGGGAGUUCCAGGAGCAAAGAAGCACAGAAAACGUCGGAAGGGGCUGUAUAAACGGCUAGCGGAACAGUUGGAAUUCUACUUUAGUGAUGCUAACCUUAGGGCUUCAAAUAGGAAGGAUGGAUUCAUGAUGCAGCUUCUAAAAAAAGAUCCUUGGGUUCCACUGUCAACCUUCCAGGCGUUUAAUAAAAUUAAGAGUAUGUUGGUUGAGUUCCAGGAUGGAACUAUAGAAGAACAUCUCGUUAAAGCUCUAGAGGUAAAGAAGUCUGUCUUACUUGAAGUGUCUGAGGAUGGAAGUAAAGUUAGGAGGAUAAACAAACUACAGGACAAGGAUGAUGUUGAGGAUUGCACAAUUUAUGUAGAAAAUAUAUCUCCAGAAGCGAGUCACGAGAUGCUGAAAACCAAAUUCAAUCAAUUCGGUUCUGUUGCCUAUGUUUCCAUACCAAAAUUUAAGAACUCCUCUAAAGCUAAAGGUUUUGCAUUUAUCGAGUUUGAGAACCUGGAAGGAGUUAAAAAUGUUCUCAAGGCGUGUGGAGCUCAGGAUGAGGAGACAAGGUUACCCGACCCAUCAACCCUAACCAGUAUCAAAACUUUUCAACCAGAGCUCACGGUCGGAGAGAACACAACGGAGGAGGAGCUCAAGACAAAGAGAAAACAUGAUAACGAAGAUGACGACUUCGACGCUCCUAAAAGGCUGCGUAUAGAUGAAAACCAAAGAGAACGGUUCCGCUCCGAGGAUGGCAUUAAGUCUCGUGCUGAGGAUGUAUUGGAAAGAUUGCGCCCUGAAUCUGAUCAGGUUUUAGAUGAGCCGAAGAAACAGAUUCAGAGUGAGGGGAUAGAAGAGUCAGACAUUUUAACAUUACAGGGAUUCAGGAUUUUAACAAAAACUCAGUGGAGGAGGCUCAGAAACCAGUAUUUAAACCAACAGAGAAAAAAUGUUUCUGCGGCAAAGGCACACCUACGUAUCCAUGAAAGCGAAGGAAGGGUCAGCAAGGGAGAAUCCGAAAUGAAGGGAGAGCCUGUGAAAAAAGAAAAUAAAGUGAAAGAAAACGAAGUAAAGAAGGAAAAGAAUACCACUGUCAAGGAAACCCAAUCAGAGGCUGGCAAGGAGUCAUCAACUGUGUUUGAGUUUACGCCUGGUAUUAUAAUCAAGAUUAUUGUUCCUUUAGGAAUAGAUGACGUGAAGGUAUUAAAGAGGCGGGUGAGGGAGAUGGAGGACGUCAGCUAUAUUGAUGCUAGAAUUGGUGACGACAAGUUCUUUGUCAGGUGUAGGAAUGAAGAGCAGACAGAUAGAAUACUUAGUAGACAGAUAGAUGACUGGAAAUUAAUCAAACUAAAGGACGAAGAAGAAAAUGGUUAUUGGAAGAAGAUACAGAAGGAUAUGGAGGAUAAAAAAUCUGGAAAGGUGGUUGUUCUAAAAGAAAAGAAAAAGAAGAGACUUCUCAACAAAAUCGAAAAAAAUAAGAAUUCUCAUGUUCACUUUGGCGAGUAAUCUGUUCCACGUCAUUUGAAUAUUUUCCUAUUUUGUUAGAAUUCAGCAUUUAUCAAGGUUGUGAAAGUGGAUUAAUCUUCUGAAAUUGAUUCAGUAUCAUCAGUAUUACCAUUUUUAACGUUGUAGCGUUUUUUCAGAAAAA